GGAUCUGGGAGUGGUCCUAUGACUGUGCUUACUGUGUUUCGCCACCAGAUGCCGCCAGUGUGCCCAUACUCUCUACUCCCUAGCCCUACUCCCUCCUGCCUAAACUGUGUUUAUCGUCUCCCCUGUGUCUUGUGAGCUCUCUGUAUUUAAGGUCCUCCUUUUUUAUGUUCUUGUUGGUGCAUUAAUUUACUUUACGUCUGUUUUAGGAGCUGAUGUGUUUCUUCAGAUGUAAUGUGACCCUCUUUCUGAGCAUGUUUAUGAAUCUUUUUUUUGUGUGUCUUUUUUUUUUAGCUUGUCUGCGUGCUGUUUUUGGUUCUUUUGUCUUCUCUGAUUUGCUAUGCUUAGUCAUAAAUUACAUGAUUUCAUGUAACAUCUGGUGUUGUGAGUUCUGCUUUUCUUGAGCUGUCUUUUCUCAAGUUGUCCCUUUGAAAGACUUUGUGUUUGAGUUUGUCUUGCUUUUGCUUUAUUUAGCUUGUGGGUAUUGUGUAAAAUUAGAAGAGACUUUUAGUAUUUUUGUUAAUGAUGAAAUGAAAUAAAAAGGACAGUGGGACAGAGAACACGAGGGAAGACACCAAUAAUAUUAUACACCUUAUCAGAUUGAGAACAGACACAGUUACACUCAACUAAGAAUAGAGCAUUCAGGUGUAAAUUAUUCACUACAUAUUAUCAGAAAACACAAAAUAUAUUUUUGAAAAGGAAUCAGGAGGAAACUGUAGUCAGGAGAAAGCAGUUGAAUGAGAUCUCCUUUACUAUAAAACAAAUGAAAAUAACAAAUCUAAACUUGUGACCAGCCGCUUGUGACCUGCGACAACCGCUUUUCAAAAAUGGUCCAGGAUGAGCACACAGCAAAUUUACUGGAGUUAAAUUUAUGGUGUACAUUUUUUGGUGUUGCCCAGUGUUAAACCCGGAGUACAUUUUAAUUCUCAAGUGUUAAACUGCAUCUAUAAAAAGAGUUAUUUUCAGAGUUAAACUUUUAACUCUGUAAGCAGUGCAUUUUCCACAAUCCUUAACGGCUCUUCAUUUGGAAGACCACAAGGAGAUGAGUACGCAGUUCAAAGAAGCUGCAUGGAUUUCGUUGGAUUGGAGUUCGUUUAUAUCUGAGCACCACGCGCAUCAGUAACAAUACUGUUCACAGUAAUCUACGGAGGAAGGAAAAAGCUGAUAAAAGUAGAUGGAGCAGAUUACACUAGUUUAAUGACUCAAGUUAAGAAGAAAUUUUCAAUAAGUGAGAACGAUCUGAUGUUACAAGAUGACACUGGUGUUGAGGUGGAUGAAGAUGUAUUCACUGACUUGCUGGAGGAGAGAUCACAUGAUAUCCUAUGGAGAGUUUUUGACAAAGAUUCCGAAUGCUCAGUCCUCAAUUCUUCCUGUAGCUCACAAACUGACACUCUCUCAGUGUCGUCUGAGACUGAUGAAAGUGCUGGACCAAGCUCCAAGAGACCUCGUCUUGAUGGACUUUUUGAGGCAAAACAGUUUGUUAGAAACAUUUUAGUGGAAAAUGCUGAAGGACCUGCGAUUUUGGAUGAAUAUAAAGAACAUGGAAAACUCACAGACUCAGCCCGGCGACACUUGGUUAACAUUGUUGUUGCGCACAUUACUGACAAAGAAGGCCGUGUCCCUUCUAAAGAAACAAAAACUCGUUGUGCCUUGGGAAUUGUAACUCUGUUCCCAUCACUGAAGGAUCCAUACUCAAGAACUGGAUAUGAACAUUUUUAUGACCCUAAGAGCAACCAAGGAUACAUAUCUUGGCGACUCAAAACAGUUCUGGGCAAAGCAAACACCAUGGUGGACACCACAGCAAGAAGGAUGCCAGGUCAAGUGGAACAUCAGACAGUGAGGGCAGUGGAGGACCAACAGCUUAUAGAGAAACUUGCAACCAUUUGGAACUGCAGUUAGAGGGUGAUCAAUGCAAAGAAGCGAUAUCUUUCAUGAAUCAUUGUGCAGAAAAGGACCUGAUUUUUGAGAAGAUGAAAGCCACAUUCAAGCACAGACAGCUCCUUAUUCAUGAUGCAGCAAAGUCCAAUACAGUGCUUUCAGUUUUUCCACGAUUUCUUGACACCUAGGGAUUGAUACUUCAAGAUUUUGAUGUCCAAUUUGGAACAGAAACAUCCUCCAGACUUCUUGAACAAUGGGACAGUCUGAAGCCCAAGAUCAUUGCAGAAGCAAG